AUAUCAUCGAAACCAUUUCUUGAAGUAUCUCAGGAUAUGCUGUGUCAAUUCUUAACUAGAGACUCUUUAAGAAUCAAGGAGGUGGAAAUCUUUCAAGCUGUUGAUAAAUGGGCAACUAAAAAGAUAGAAGAAGGAAAGUUAGAGUGCACUGGAGAUUCUAAACGAGCCAUUCUUGGAGAAGAUAUCAUCAGACUCAUCAGGUUUCCUUUAAUGUCACAGCAAGAYAURGCUGAAGUGGUGCUUCCAAGUGGAAUUCUUAAAGGGCAUGAGGUUACYGAGCUUUUCCAGAUCUUUAGCAAAGUUCCCUCUUCUACCAGUAUAUUUUGRAAGAGGAGUCGCAGAGUACAUAAACAAGAAUCAUAUACACCKAAUCGAUUUCGAAGCAUKAGAUCUUCAACUCCUCAACAUUAUGGCAAUAACAACAUUGAUGCUAUUGAUUURYCUGUGAGCAAAGCUAUCAGUCUAAGUGGUGUACAACUUUUUGGCAAUGAAGGYGCACAUUAUGACAUUGUCUUGGAGAUUUUAAAGAAUGACCAAAUGGUGUCCUGGCUGUCUUCAUCUUAUGACAGUGGUUUGGUGAAUGACAGAUAUUAUGGAUUCAGUGUAGAGCUUGAUAAGCCACUAAGCCUUGAACCAAAGUUCUGGUAUACUGUGAAYGCUACCAUCAAAGGACCGCCUUCUCACUUUGGWUCACAUGGUCAAAKAUCUGUWAAUGUCAGUGARGAUUUGWUWAUAASAUAUAAGAARUCUAGCAAGUGCACCAAUUACACUUCUGUUAAUGCAGGUCAAUUUCCAAGCUUUCUUUUGCUGUGCUAAACUUGGAUAGGAAUAUGCAAAUUAUUUGCAUUUGGCAAAGAGGUAUCAUUCAUGUCAUGUUUGGUCUUUUCAGAGACUCUUGGAUACUAAAAAGGCCACAACUGGCCAGUGAGAGCAAUGUAAACCUAAAAAAUGGUGUGCACUGUUUCCCAGAGCCCCUGAGUGCUUGUCAGGGGAGAUUCUGGGUAAUAAUGGGUAUAAAUAAUUAUAAAUAAUUAUAUUCUCAAUAAUAUAUAAUAUAUUUUAAUUGUAUCAAUAAAGAUGUUUGUUUUGUUUGCAU